GCUCUUCUGUUGGCGUGUCAUGAUGCCGCACGAGACUCUCAGCUCCUGGCAGCCGGCGAGGAGGAGACUGACAGAUCCUCAGCUCUGGUUGUUAAAAAAGUAGUUUAUUGUGAUUUAAAAAAGUGAGUCAAAAGUGACUGUUCCUCGUCUAUUAACGAUAAGAUAUCAAAAUUCCACGUGUCACUUGGUCUGCUGUCGUUUAAGUCCCGCCGGUCGUUGAUCUCAUUCACAAGUCGGUCCAGUGAGUGACUACGGACGCGGGGAAAGGCCAUCGCUCUGUUUCAACAGCUGGCUCGCCUUCUGCUCCCUCUGAACAUGUUGGCCUGGAACUGAACAGGCCACACCCUCUUCAAAAUUUCCUCAAUGCCUGUGGGGCUACCACCUCACAACCCAUCCACUCCUGUAUCCAUCGGAUCUGCUUUGCAAUAAAGGGGCAUUCGGAGUCCCGGAUCCAGGGUCUGGUUGAGCAGAGAAUCUCUUAAAGCGACCGCCGAAUUGUGCCAGAGCUCAGUCCAGGAGAGGAAAGAGGGUCGCUCUUAAUCCAGCCAGCCAGCCAGCCGCCGGGGCUGGUGAGCAGGCGGGCCCCGGUCAGCGAGCGAUGAGCUGGGCCGAGGAGGACUGGACGGUGGGGCUGUCAGGCCGCGUCCUGCUCAAGGUGAAGGAGCUGCAGGUUCAGCAGGACCGACUCUCCAGGGAGAAUAAGCAGAGGCAGCUGCAGCUCGACAACUCCCAGGAUGCACUCAACAAGCAGAAGAUCAAGCAUGAGGAGGUGCGCCGGGAGCUCCAGAUCCUGCAGAGAGAGCUCAAGGGGGUGCAGGAGGAUGCGCAGGCCCAGACCAGCAGCGCCCAGCGCCUGUCCCUGGAGCUACAGACCAGGCAGACCCUGGUGUGCUCCCUGGAGGGCCAGCUGGACGCCGCACGCACCCUCACCCAGAACCUGACGCUGGAGGUCAAAAGACUGGAGGCGGAGCUGGAGAAGCUGCAGACCAGCCAGGAGGCCGGCCUCUUCUCCACCCCCUGCUGGAACACAACCUCACCCUGGGUAGACAAUGCAGGGAAGCAGAAGGAGGAGAGGACGGGCCAGAGAGGGGAUGGGGACAGCCGGAGUGUCAGACAGCUGCAGUUCGCCGAAACGCCCACGGGCUCGUUGCCACGGCAAGGCGGCAGGACCCCGCAACGCCACUCCUCCGACCAAUCAGAGAUCUUCUCCACUCCCAUGGCGGUGUUUCCCUGGGAGCGGGACGACUCAAAGCCCCCCAGCCGGGGUCGCGGCCGGGCCCCGACUCCCCAGGCGCCCCCCGCUGACCCCCGGGGCGGCAGCCAGCCGCAGCCGAGGGACCGCGGGAGGACGGAGGACGUCAGCAAAGAGGCCGAUGCGUGUGCGUCUGAGCUGCGAGGCCGCAUCGGCGCCCUGGAGGCGGAGCUCCGCGCGGAGACCAUCCGAGUGAAGGCCAGCCAGGAGCAGCUGGGGCGGAGCCAGAAGGAGCUGGCCGCCGCAGAGACCAGCCUUCAGAAGAGCCGUGACCAGAUCAGCCAGGCCCAGACACGCACGCUUCAGGAGACCGACCGGGCGUCGGUGGCGGAGCUGAAGGUGAAGAAGCUGCAGGAGGAGCUGAAGUGCCAGGGUCAGAACGCGGAGAGCAGCCGCCUGCAGCACCAGCAGCGCACCAAAGAGCUGGAGAAGCAGCACCAGAUGGACGUAUCCGAGCUCCAGAAGGAGAGGCAGCGCCUGGAGAAGCAGCAGCAGCAGGAGGUGACCAAACUGAACCAGGAGCUGCAGCAGGCCAGAGUCCUGCACAACACCCUGCAGGCCCAGGCCGAGAAGUUGUCCCUCCAGAAGCAGACGUUGGAACGAGAGGUGGAGGCGCUGAAAGCCAAGCUUAAAUGGACCGAGGGACAACUGCAGGAGAGCGAGAAGAAGGAGGCUCAGACACAAGCCAAGCUGACGGAGGCGCUGCGGGAGGCGCAGGGCGUGGCGGCCAGCCUGGAACAAAGCACCAGGAGAGGGAAGUCCCUGGAGGAGGAGGGGAGGAGAGCGACGCAGGAGCGGGACGACGCCCUGCUGCUCCUCAAGGAGCUGAGGGAGCAAAACGCUGCCCUGGCUCUCCCUGCGGCCCCCAUCCAACCCUGCUCCCUGGGUCAUAGCUUCUCCCCCCCAGAGCCCCGGCCCUCGGGCCCCGGCAGGAAGCCCUCCGGAGAGCAGCGCCCCGGGCAGGGCAGAGGGCGCCAGGCGGCCCCCAAGUACCCCAUGGACAGAGAACCCGGGGAAGGCCUCGACGCGGAGCACAUGACCGCCAGGGGCCCGUCCACGGACUCUGAGAGCCCGCAGGGGAGCCGGCUCGAGGGCGACGCCGUGAUUCGCGGCAACCGCCCUGGGUCGCCGAAGAUCCACGCCGCGGACCCACCGCACGCCUCGCUCCCUCCGCAGUCGGAGGCCGCUGUGGAGGCCGGCGUCCCGCCCAAAGAACCGGGGGCGGACGUGGCCGCCCUCCGCAAGGAGAACGCGGCGCUGGCCUCGGACCUGCGGGACGCGCGGGAGGAGCUCCAGCGGCGCCUGGAGGACCUGGAGACCCAGCGGCGGGCGGAGGCGGAGGCCCGGACCCGGCUGAAGCAGCUCAGCAAGAAGCGUGCGGGCCGCGAGGCGGAGCUGGAGGAGCAGGAGCGGGAGACCAAAGGGGAGCUGGAGCGGGAGCGCUCGGAGACGGAGGGGCUCCGGAAGGCCCUGGCCACCCUGCAGGCCCAGCUGAGUAGUAAGGAGAGAGAGGAGGUGGAGGAGGAGGAGGCGGCGCGGGGGGACCCGGGGAGAGAGGACAGGGAGCAGGAGCUGGUGGAGCUGAACAUCCAGAUGAAAGCCCAGCUGUCGGAGGCCCGGGCCCAGCUGGCCCUGGAGCGGGAGGAGCGGCAGCGGGAGGAAGAGGAGAGGACGAAGGCUGUUGUGUGCGCUGUGGACGCGGAGGAGAAGGCCGGGCUGAGCGGCCGGCUGGCCGAGCUGGAGGCAGAGCUGGAGGAGCUGAAGCGGCGUGGGGAGAAGGACGCGCAGCGCGCCGAGGCCGACGGCCCGCUGACGUACCUGACGCUGCGCCGCGACGACAAGCUCAACGCCAACAUCGCCGCCCUCUGCCCGGGCCUCGACGACAACAAGAGCCUGCUGCCCUCGCCAGAACUCAACCGCCUCUUCUGCCUCACCGCCAACCAGCUCAACGCCGCCGCCUCGCAGGCCACCGCCCAGCUCAUCCUGAAGGGAGACCAGGGCGCCGAGCUCCUCCCACUCCCGCUGCUCUCAGGCGACGGGGCCAGCCCGAUGGAGGGGACCAGCCCGGAGCUGGAGGACUCCACCCCGGAGCUGGAGGACUCCACCCCAGAGGAGCUCAGCUCAGCCUCGGACUGCCCUGAGACCCCCAGCCCCCCCGACCUGGCCAGGGAGGUGGCCCGCCUGCAGGAGGAGAAGACGGGGAUGGCCCGGCAUGCCGGGCAGAGCCAGGCUAGACUACAGGCCCUGCAGGCCCAGGUGACCCGUCAGACCCAGCAGCUGACCAUGGCCUUUGAGCUGCAGAGCCAGCACAUCAGAGGCCUUCUGGUGGAGCUGCAGGAGAAGGAGGGCGCCCUCCUCAGGCAGGGAGGGGAGCUGCAGGGCUGCAGGCAGGAGCUGGCUCAGCUCACGGCUCUGAUGGAGGGGUACCCGGCCCCGGCCCCGGCCCUGACCCCGGCCCCGGGCCCCAGCGGCCCAGGUCCUGAGCUUCACACUGCAGCCUCUCCAUCAGAACCCUCGUCCAGAGACACAGUCAAGCACAUAGCCGGUGGCCACAAACACCAGGCAUCGGAACGAAGAUCUGACAGCGAAGCAGGAGCCCCGUCGCCAGGGGCCCCCAAGGGGAUCCACGCCCCCACCGCCGACCCCCUGCCCCCUGCGCAGCCAGCGCGCAUCUGCAGCGAUCCUGGCAGAGAGGGGGGAGGGGGCACGGCGGCACAGACGCCCACCCCCCAGUCGGAGACCCUGCCGGGCAGCGGUGAGUCAGGGGAGGAGGGCCCCCCCGCCUCAGACGCCAGGGGCCAAGACUCCGACCCAGGCCAAAAGACGGACCCCUGCAGAGCCGUAUCCCGAACCCCCGGAGGGGAGCGGGAACGCCAGGGGGCGGGGUCACUUGACAGCAGCGAGAGUUCACAGGAAUUGACGGGCAGCAGGGAUGACGGGGUGGACAGGGAAGAAACCAGGAAGGAGGAGAAGGCACAAGACCCUCUGGUGAAAGUCAGCCGCUUGGAGAAGCAGGUGGUGGCGCUGCAGGCCGAGCUCAGGACUGUGUCUGAGGAGAAGGAGAAGCAGGCUGAGGAGCUGGUUCUGUGGAGACUGGCCUCCCCUCCCACCGCAGCCUCCAGGUCCCAGGAGCCCAGCCCGGGCCUCAAGGACCCCCCUCCGUCUCUAAACGGCCCUCUGAGGCGGCCGGAGAGCUCCCAGCCUCCCAGAGGGGCCCUGGAGGUGAUGGCUCAGGCCCCCACACCGGGCGCCGGGGAGCCUGAGGUCACAAAGGACCUGUGGCAGGACAGAGGCACCCUGACCGUGAUCAGAGAGGACCAGCUGAUCCUGUCCUGCUCCUCGAAGAAAAUACAGGGCACCAUGCUGACCUGCAGAGUGCAGCAGAGUGACCCGACGGAGCCAAAGAGUGUAUUUAACGUUGAGAAGACCUUCACACCACAGGACAGCGACGACCUGAUCGACGAUGAGGGCUCCGACAAGGAAAACAUGGACGGCAACCGCUGUCUGGGCGCUACAACCAAAUCGCCGCCGCCGCCGCCGCCGCACGGGGCCCUCGUAAGAGCCUCCAGCGACCCGCGCCGUGGCCCCAGAGACACCACGGCGGGGACGCCACAGACCAAAGCCUCGCAGCGGGGCGAACAGGAAGCCACGCCGACCAACGCCACGCAGACCAACGCCACGCAGACCAACGCCACGCGCCGCGCCGAACAAGGGGCGCCUUCCCCCACGCCCGCGGCGUCCCAGCGGGAGACCAGCGGGCGGCCUUCCCUAAGGAGUGCCGCCACUCAGACCCACGCCUCUCCGCUUCCCACCGGAGCCGCCGGCCCGCCCCUGUUCCUCCACGCCUGCACUCAGACCGAGGAGGUGGUGGUGGAGGAGGCGGAGGUGGUGGAGGAGGCGGAGGUGGUGGUGGAGGAGGAGGUGCAGGGGGCGGCGGAGCGGCUGCUGUUCUCCGGGUCGUUCCCCAUCCCGGCCGACCCGGCCCGCCUGGCCGAGCGCAUCCGCCGCAACCGCAGCCAGCUGUCGGCGGCCUUCGACGACACGGAGUACGAGCCCUACGGCCUGCCCGAGGUGGUGAUGAAGGGGUUCGCCGACAUCCCCAGCGGCAACUCGUGUCCCUACAUCGUCCGGCGCGGCCUGCUGGGCACACCCGCCGUGCCGCUCCCGCCGACGGACACGCCCCCCAGGGAGGAGACGGACUAGACGCCGGCGCCAGAACCAAAGGACGUCGCGUGACCAGUGGUAUCCAUGACAACCAUCCCAGUCACCAGCAUCACCCAGCUGCCAGCAAGUACACCCUCCUGCCACACGUCUACGGGACAAUCCGUGAGAUGGACAUGUCCACCGCGUAGAGGAGGGAUGCCUUAAUGCCCUCACACAGGGAGCCUUUAGAUGUGUAUGGAUGUCAUGAGGGACCAGAUGAACCUCUUUCCCAAAUGGAGGCCACAAAUACUAGCCUUGCACGCUUUUUGAAUGGACCAAAUGGGUUGUUAUUUUAUUUCAUUAUUGUAUUAUUAUUUGCCAGCCCUCUGAGUGUUUAUGGUUUAUGUAAUAGAGCUUUAUCUUUUCCAAACGGGGGAGAAUCCACUUGAAAUUGUCAGCUUUCCUUAUUUAAAGAUCUGCCUUAAACAGAAAAUGGGAUUGUGUGUGUGUGUGUGUCAAGCGAGCAAGUGAAAGUUUGUUCACCAGCGCCUUCUGUGAGAUGGGUUUAUUGUUUGAGUGUCGUCAUUGCAGCGUUGCUGUGUGGGAGAACGUGUGUGUGAGCGUGUGUGUGUGUGUGUGUGUGUGUGUGUGUGUGUGUGUGUGUGUGUGUGUGUGUGUGUGUGUGUGUGUGUGUGUGUGUGUGUGUGUGUGUGUGUGUGUGUGUGUGUGUGUGCACACGUGCGCAGAGAGAGAAGACUUGUAGAGCAGGAGCCUAUGACUCACAGACGGACCUGCCGGCUUUCCGCUCCAUGUAUGGAGCUGCACUGUGUGAAAGCCCCCCUCCCUAUGUCUCCUGUGUUCCUCCCCUGCCCUCGUGGCCCCCCCAAGCCCCCCCCUGCCCAUCCAUCUCCUCAUUUACUGACAAAUACCUGGCUGAAGUGUUGCCCUAGGGAAUACACUGACCGUUUUAGUCUAGAUUUAUUCUCCUGGUAGAACCCAUCACUUGUAAUAUAUCUGGAUGUAUGUUUUCCUCCGCCCCCCCCCCCCCCCCCCCCCGGUACUAUAUAUUUAUGUUGUGUUUUUGUUUUGUGCUGCGAACACGUAGAACACUUUAAAGGAUGAGAGGAUGAUUCAGGGGCCAGCCAGGCCACAGGUGUACUGACCGGGAGGCUGUUUCAUCAGAGAGUGGCCGACACCGCUCUGAUUCACUGCGUGUGUCUCAGUGCAAACACUAGUCCCACCUUAGCGUUGAAUAGACACUUGCUGUAGUGUAAUGAGUGGGUUAAAAUGUGUUACUUUUUUAUGUACACAUUUGAUAUGGACAAGGAGGGCGUUCUGUAACGUCGGCCCUCUGACCAUCACACACUGCCUUAAUAUCUCUGGGAUCUGUAGUGUUGUUGUUUUUAUAGUGCUGUUAAACAGUUGAAGGCACUCGUAGCACUGUGAACCUCUCGCCCUCAGGGUGAGGCUGUUGUAUGUGAAUGGUUUAUUGUUGGCACGUAGAAUAAAACACUGCUGCUAAAAAAAA